UCUGUGUUUCAAGAGUGACUUUCAGCUCAAAAUUCAUCGACUGGGAAUUAUAUUUCUCCAAAAAUGGAUUACAGGAAUAAACUUGUUCUAGCUCCUAUGGUUCGAGUUGGGACAUUGCCUUUCAGAUUACUGGCUGCUGAAUAUGGUGCAGAUAUUACAUAUGGAGAGGAAAUUAUUGAUCAUAAGCUUCUUAAAUGUGAACGUCGCGUUAAUGAUGUAAUUGGUUCUACUGACAUAGUGGAGAAAGGUACAGAGAACGUUGUUUUUAGAACUUGUGACCUUGAACGAAAUCAGGUUGUAUUUCAAAUGGGCACUUCAGAUGCUGUUAGGGCUUUGACUGCUGCUCAGUUAGUGUGUAAAGAUGUUGCGGCAAUAGAUGUGAAUAUGGGUUGCCCCAAGGCAUUCUCUAUCAGCGGGGGAAUGGGAGCUGCACUAUUGUCUAAACCCGAUCUCAUCCAUGAUAUUUUGACCAUGUUAAAGAGGAACUUGUCAAUACCAGUAACGUGCAAAAUAAGGCUAUUAAAAUCAACUCAUGACACUGUAGAAUUGGCCAGGAGGAUAGAAAAAACUGGGGUUUCUGCUGUAGCUGUCCAUGGAAGAAAAGUGGCAGACAGGCCGAGAGAUCCUGCUAAUUGGAGUGAAAUUGCGGCAGUUGUAGAUGCUCUUUCUAUACCAAUCAUUGCCAACGGUGAUGUGUUUGAGUAUGAUGAUUUCCAGCGCAUUAGAGAUGUAACAGGUGCUUCGUCUGUGAUGGUUGCUAGAGGAGCUUUGUGGAAUGCUUCGAUUUUUCAUCCUGAAGGAGCACCUUAUGAAGUCGUGAAAAGUGAGUAUGUUAGGAAGAGCAUUUUAUGGGAUCAUGACAUAAAAACCACGAAGUACACACUAAAAGAGAUGAUAAUGCAUUAUUCUUCUUUGGAGCUCCCAGAAGGAAAGGCCGUGACCAAAUCAGAAAACUUGGCCGAUAUAGCGCGGCUUUAUGGGGAAGAACAGUACUACAAAUCUAUCAACACAAAACGAUAUGGUGUUGCUGUUGGAUCACUAUGUACCUUAAAUCCCACAUCGAAAUGACCAGUGUACAAGUGGAGUUUGGCAAUUUUGAAAUUGAAAGUUUUGACAGAAGGAAGCAAUGAAUAGUUAUGCUGAGCAACUUUUAGCAUAUAUGGGAUAUGGCUAUAUGCUCACAUUCUUUUACUACUCUACAAACUUUGCAUGCUUCAAAUGUUUGCUUGAGCCUGUUUUGUAGGACACUCCAAAUUUUAGUCAAUGCGGUCGUCCAUAAUAUCCCCGCAAUUCCCGUAUUAUGUAAUAUUAUGUAAUAUAAAUACGAAAAUCUCUUUUUUAUGUCGUCGUCUCCUCGACUGAGGAAACAGUGACCCUGCAAAUAUUAUCAUUUGUAUUUGCAUUUUACCUUAUGCAUAAUGCUCUCAAGUUGAUAUGA